CUUCUGUCUCUUUUCUUAGGAUCAUCUUCUAUCUUCUACGUCAGCCACCAUCAGACGGUGUAGAAUAACCGACAUUUCCAACGACAGACCGUGUUGACAUCAUCGCACUAGGGGUAAUUAACCAGCGACUCUAACAACGAACGGAGUUUUCCCACGACCGAACCCGCCGAUCCCCUUGGCGAAUCUUGUGCAGGAGCUCCACCCCCGACACAAGUGCACGAAACAUAUCGCUUCCAAUCUCCUCAUUACUGAUUAUUCCCGGCCUGAUUUGGCAUCCGUGCAGUGCAUCCGGCGCCUAAGUGAGGGAAAAAUAAAAGGGUAAAAAAAGGGAAAAAAAAAUAGAGGACCGGGCGUUUUUUUGCCAGCUUCCGUGACUGGUCUCAACAACAUCAUUCGACUCCACCCCGUUCUUUUUCUCCUCUUUUUCUUCCCCGUUCGUUUCCCCUCUUGUCUACACCUCUCUCUCUCUCUCACUCUUUCUUCUUUCGCCUGUAUUUAUUCGUCAUUGUUUUGGAGAGGAGUUAAGCUUUUAGCGCCACUGGUUUCUCUCCUAUCUUACUAUUUAUUGAGCCUCCGCCGACGUCACAUUCAAGACGGUUGAAUCAUAAAACACGCUUGUUUCUUUUUCCGGAGAAAUCUUGACCAUCGUCGCUUCUGCCUGUCAUGUCGGACGAGCCUCGGGUGCUACGCCCCCGUCCGCGUCGCGUAUUCGACGUCGCCCCCUCCAACGAGUCGUCCGAAGCGCCCACGCCCGCCGAGCCGGCCAACCCCGACCUGCUGGCCCCCAAAGAUGCCGGGUCCGCCAGCGUCAGCCGCAAUGGGUCAAUCAUGAACCUGACGUCGUCGACGCUGUUUGGCAUCUACUCCCCGACGGCGUUUGAGGGCGUCCGGGACGACAACAGCCCCUGGGGGACGGAAGUCCACACGCCCUUGUCCGAACACCCGCCCGCGAUCGCGGUGCCCGAGUCGCCGGAUCGAUUGGCCCGACAGCGCACCCGGUCGGCGCGGUUGAGUCAGGGGCUGUUCCGCGGGGUGAUCCUGCCGCAGACGCUCAAGAGCGCGUGCCUGGUGGGCUUUGGCAUCGUCUACGGGUUCAUUACCAUUCAUCUGCACGAGAACCACUGGAUCACGCCGGUGAAGCUGGAUAACACGCACUCGAGCGGCUCCUGGGAGUACCUGGUCUCGUGGGCCGUGGUGGGGGUCGCCCUGGGCAAUCUGCUGCCCUGGCUGGAUCUGUUCUCGGAGGAUGUGACUCGGGCGAAGAAUGACCAGGAGACGGAGGAUCGGACGCUGUCGUGGGUGGCGGUGGUUCGAAGCGUGGGAGCCUUUGUCGGCGUCGCGUUUGCCAUGCGACGACUGCCGUGGGAAUCCACUACUCAGGCCUCGGUGACGCUGGCUCUCGCGAAUCCCGUGUUAUGGUACCUGAUCGACCGCACCAAGACAGGCUUUCUACUCUCAACGACGGUAGGAGUGGCAGGGAUGGGCAUCGUGCUGAGCCUGAAGCCGGACCUGGUGCCAGCUGCGACGGAGGCGUCGCGGGCCACGAUCCCCGGGUUGAAUGCGACACUACGGGACUACGGGUUGGUGUCGGGGGUGACGCAGGAGAGCAUCGCGGUGCGGACGUGGGUGGCCAGCGUGCUCUUCUGCGCGUGCGUGUGUUUUGGGAAUAUCGGGCGGCAGCUGGCGAUUGGCAGCAGCCGACGUGAUGGACUGCAAGCAUGAGUAAGAUUACUAGAGUCGUAUGUUUCUUUUGAUUUGGAGAAUUGGGUUACCAGUCAUUCGACGACACUGUGACUGUCCCUGUGUGGAGCCUUCUUAUUCUUAUUCUGAUUCAUGAUAUGGUGAUAUCCUUAAUAUUAUAUUA